AUGGAACAGAAGAACAAUGUAACUGAGUUCGUCCUCUUGGGGCUCACUCAGAGCGUUCAGGGUCAUAAAAUAUUAUUUGUCUUGUUCUUGCUUACAUACGUUGUGACCAUAGUGGGCAACCUACUCAUUAUUGGGACUGUGAUGGUCAGCCCAACCCUGGAUGCCCCUAUGUACUUCUUUCUUGGCUACCUAUCAUUUAUAGAUUCUGUUUAUUCUACUACAGUCACCCCAGAUAUGAUUAAGGACUUACUGUCUAAAAAGAAAACUAUUUCCUUCCAAGCUUGCAUGACCCAGCUUUUUACAUGGCGCUUUUUUGGUGGUGCCGAUAUAUGCCUUCUGGCGGUCAUGGCCUAUGACCAUUACGUGGCCAUCUGCAAGCCCUUGCACUAUUUGACAAUCAUGAAUCAACCUCCUUCCACCUUACCCAUUGAUAAAUCUUUGACUGUGUUUUACACUAUUAUCACCCCUAUGUUGAACCCUCUAAUUUAUACUCUGAGAAAUAGUGAGAUGAAAUAUGCAAUCAAAAAGCUCUGGACCAAAGAAAGAAAAUGA